AUGGCUGCUGUUGCUACCACGACCGCGACGGAAGUUCCCACCACGGACGGUGCUGGCCUCCGCCGCCGCCUCGACGUCCACAUCCACGACACGAUCGAGGACCCGGCUAUCCUCCGCGAGAUGAUCGUUGAGGACAUCUACCUCCUCGGAGGACAGUUUGCUAUCCUGUGCCAGUUCGCGCACCCCGGCAUUGCGCGCGGCACUGCGGGACACAGCACGUUCGCGUCCCGUAUUCCGGAGCGACUCCGGAACACUGCGCGGUUCCUGAACGCGUCCGUGUUCGGCACCGAGCGGGAGAAGAAGGCCAUCUUCAGCGUGAUCCACAAGUACCAUGCUCAGGUGAACGGCGAGGUGAACGGAGAGCGCUACGACGCCAACGACCCCGAACUACACCUUUGGACCGCAGCCACACUCUUCGUGUCCCUCGUGCUCGUGCACGAGCGCCUCUUCGGCAAGAUUUCCCAGGAGCGCAUGGAGGCUAUGUACCGCCAGAGCGCCGUGUUCGGCACCUCGCUGCGGAUGCCACCCGAGAUGUGGCCCAAGACGCUCGACGACUUCUGGGUCUACUGGGACCACAUGAUCGCAACGCUCGAGGUCACGCCCGAGGCGAAGCGCCUGUCGCGCGAUCUCCUCUGGCCCAAGAAUCUGCCUUGGAACAUGCAGGCCAUCAUCCCUCUCUCCCGCAUCGUGACCAAGCAGCUCCUGCCUCCCCGUCUCCAGCGGGAGUACGACCUGCACCCGUCCACCCUCGACUGGAUCCAAUACCAGGCCGCCAUCAAUAGCCUCUCCUUCAUCUACCCCUACUUCCCCGACAGCAUUCGCCAGCGCAGGCACAACAUGUACAUGGAGGAUCUCAAGGCUGCUGUCGCCCGUGUUGAGAAGACCGGUCACUGGGGCCGCGACAAGGACUUCCCGGCGUAA